UUCCAUUGAACUAGAAAAGGGUUAAUACUCAUUCUUACUGGUUGGUUGUAUUGCUCGCAUUAGUUUCGGUCAAGACUUUCUCAAGAAGACGAUAAGAAGAAAAAAUAAUCAUCGUUUCAGAGGCUCGUCAGUAUGGAGAAUCAAGGUUUGCCAACUACACGAGUACCUCGCUAUUUUAGUAUUCCACAAUCCCAUCGAGUACGUGCAUCUAAUAACAACCCUGACAGCAGACCAGCUGGUCUAAAAAAUUUAGGUUCCACAUGUUGGUUCAAUGUUGCUGUUCAAGUUUUAUAUCACAUUCCUGCAUUGAGACAAAUGAUCUUAGAGCUUAGAUUACCUUCUAUUUCUUUGAUGAUAACCCCAUCAAUGGAAGUUUUAGUUGGCCUUCAAGAACUUUUUAUCUCAAUCAUGUACUCUGAUAGAAAAUUGAUAGAUCCUACAAGAGCAGUGAAUUCAAUUGGUAAAUUACUUGGACAAGGCCAAGGGCAGCAAGAUGCCAGUGAAUUUUUAGGAAUUGUGCUGAGUAGGAUAAGAGAAAUCAGCCCUCCCAUCGUUGAAAGUUUAUUUAUUGGAUCUUCCCAAUCCAUGGAUGCAAACUGUCAGCCACAUGAAUUUAUGCAGUACACUCUUCAAGUGAAUGAAGAUACCAGUUUAAUGGACUUACUGGAAGUUUCCCUUAAGCCUCAGCUAACAUUAUUGAAACCAGAAUCAGCUAACGUUCUAAAUUGCAAUUCUAGCAUGUCAUCUGAACAUAUGAAACGAUUCUUUUCUAACAUACCCCCGGUGUUUUUAAUUGAUUUAUCUCGUCUCAUAAGUGGGACUGAUCCAACCCAGUUGAUCAGAUCAAAUCACCGAAUGACAUUUUCGUCGCUAAUUUUUAUGGAUCGCUUUUUGCAAGAAAAUUAUAAACAUGCAUCGAAAGUAGAAAACAUUAUUGAAAGUAUGUGGUCAUCAAAAAAAGAAAUUGAACAAAGCAUUAGCUCACUGGUAAUGGUACAGGAAAAGAAUACCCAACUUCAAAAUUUUUACGAGGAUUACCAAAGAAUCGUAGAACAGUCCUUGGUCAACUUCCAUCUUUUACGUUCGCUACAUCUUACGUGGGAAACUGAAAUUCAGUUGAAAAUCAGCGAAUACCGUAACAAGUCGAGCCAACUGAAACAGCAGUUGGAUCAUGUACGCAGCCGCGAACUACAAAUCUGUCGUCCUUACCAACUGCACGCUGUGAUAGUGCAUGCUGGAAAGUCUGACAGUGGGCAUUAUUGGGUUUAUAUCUGGGAUAGUCAGCAAAAGCAUUGGUAUCAUAUUGACGACAAUUUUACCCGUCAAGUUACGUGGGAUACCAUCGUGAGUUUGUCAUUUGGUGGGCCUAAUCAAGAAACUAGCGCCCAUUCUCUUGUUUACAUUGAUGCACCAAAAACUUAUUCCCUUUUGGGUAUUAAGGAAGAAUAUGAAAUUGGACCUACCGAUGUAUUACGUUAUUUAAAAGAUCACACCGACGUACGAACUCGCCAUUCCGCAUACGGCAAAAGCCAAACCAUUGCAGCCGUCCACGCAGCAAUUACGGCACAUGGACCACAACCGAUAGAGCCGUUUGCUCUACUUUUUCGCGCUUUAGACAGUGAACGCCAAAGAUUAUUUGCGGUUUGCCAGGAAUCCACCGGUCAAAAUGGUGAAGAGGGUCGACUACUUCACUUUGGAGUGUACUUGCUUGCGAAUCAAGUAGAAUUUGAGCCUUUCGUCUAUUGGUCAUUAUUGCAGCAUUUUUCAAGCUUUGCACUGCUGGUUGAAGAAGGAUCGAGUCGUUGCUGUACAGCUGCGCGACGUACGCUAGCGUUUGUUGAAUGCUCAACAACUCAGGAACAGAAAAAGUUGUUCAUACAAUGGAAUACGGCGUAUUAUCAGUUUCGCCUCAUAAUUCGUCACGUGAUGAAUGGAAUAACUCAUGUUUUUAGUCGCAACUUUUCAGCUGCCGUUCCUCUGGCUGUUAAAUCGUUGUACCUGCAUCAUUGCCUGAUGAAUAGCUCAUUAGGAGGACCAGCAAUGAGUGUGAACCCCCGAAUUAUACAUGCGCUAAUUGAGAAAUCAGUGACGGCUCUCAGUGAAGAAUUGUUGGAAAGCGAUAUAGAAGCAGUUGUCGAUCUAGCUUGCUCAGUCCUUUUCGAUGCAGUUAUAAACUGGUGCGAAUAUGCUGAUGCCAAUUAUCUAGAAGCUGCCAGAUGCUCUUCACGUCGUAUAGCUGAUAACUGGAACCGGAAAAUGAAACAUUACUUUAGUCAUCCUGUGGAGUGUGCGUCCGCUUCCAGUAUGCAAACAUUUGAAGAAGUUCAACGAAAACUGCUCAAAGUAGAGUCGGUGCUCAAUCACGAAAAAGGCAACCCAACUCCGUUUGAUUUCAAAGGUCAUAUACCUGAAAGCCCCGAAGAUGGUGAGAAAUUAGCUCUCAAAUGGAAACAAAUGUGGCUUAUCUGCACAGAGCAGAACAUUUUAGGACCAUAAUAAUUUUCGACUUAAUAAAACAUUCGCUCACUAUACCGUUGUUCGCGUGGAACCAAGUCCAAUACGAUCGGGUAGUCGAAGUCCGUGGCAACUGCCCGAAGGAAAAGGUUGUUGCU